UUUACCUCCUUCAUAGUUCAUUGUCAGGGCAGUCCUCUCUUCUCUAUAAAUACCCAUAAGACAAGGCCAAACCACUGCCUUGGACGUUUGCUUCUUCCUUCCAAUACAUAAGAUCAUCCUUCACCAGAUAGAUUCUGGAGAUCGUUAUAGAGAGAGAGAGAGAGAGAGAGAGAGAGAGAGAGAGAUCACACCUCUUCAUCCUCAUCCUCAUCCUCAUAGCUACAUAGCUCAGCUCGAGUUUGAUUUGAGUUUCGAACUUAUAUAUAUAUACACACACACACACACUUAGCCUUGAGCUAGAUCAGAAAGAUUAGGUUAAAUGGGAAGACCACCUUGCUGUGACAAAGUUGGAGUGAAAAAAGGGCCAUGGACGCCGGAGGAAGACAUCAUCUUGGUGUCGUACAUUCAAGAACACGGCCCUGGGAAUUGGAGAUCAGUUCCUACCAACACAGGUUUGAUGAGAUGCAGUAAGAGCUGCCGGCUUAGAUGGACUAAUUAUCUCCGGCCGGGCAUCAAACGCGGUAACUUCACCGACCAUGAGGAGAAGAUGAUCAUCCACCUCCAAGCUCUUCUAGGCAAUAGAUGGGCUGCCAUAGCUUCCUACCUUCCUCAGAGAACAGACAAUGAUAUAAAGAAUUACUGGAACACCCACCUGAAGAAGAAACUCAGAAAGCUCCAGACAGGUACUGCUGAAGACGGUAUUUCAGGUAAUUCACAGCAGCCAAUUUCAAAGGGUCAGUGGGAGAGAAGGCUCCAAACAGACAUUCACAUGGCCAAACAAGCCCUUUGUGAGGCUCUCUCCCUUGACAAACCAAGUCAUGAUCAUCACCAUGUGCCAGACUUAAAGCCCUCACUCUCCAAUAUUAAUGGCACUACUAGUACUACUACUAGACCUCACCAAGCAUCCACAUACGCGUCCAACACCGAAAACAUUGCUCGAUUGCUCGAAAACUGGAUGAAAAGUUCACCAAAAGUUCGAACAAACUCCUCGGAUGAUCAUCAAACCCAGAUUCAUCAUCAGAACAUGCUCAACAAUGGUUCCAGUUCUAGUACUACCGACGGGGCACACAGUGGGACAACAACUACACCGGACCAUCAUGAACACCAUGGUUUUGAUUCCUUGUUUAGUAGCUUCAACUCAUCCACAUUAUCCGAUAAUGCGUCGACUCAUUUAUCAGCAGAAAAUAAUCAUCGUCAAACUAGUACUACUACUAAUAAUAAUAAUACUGGUCUCAUGAUGUUCCAAGACGAAAGCAAGCCUGAUUUAGAGGCGGCCGCGGGAGCAGCAGCAGCAGUAGAUCAAGUGCCUCUCACAUUGCUGGAGAAGUGGCUCUUUGAUGACGCUACUGCACAUCAAGCUCAUGAUCAAGACAUGCUGUUUUAAAAUUAAUCAAUCAGAUUAAAGCCGCUCAUCGAUCCCCAUCUCGAUUAAUUAUGGUUUCUUUGCUUUGUUUUAAUUUUAUGAAGUUAGGCUUUUGUAAACUUGUAACAAUGUUUUUGUUCUUUUUUUUCCCCCCCCCUCUCUUUUUUCCUCUUGCGUGAGAUGCAGAAAGAUAACAGCUCCGGAGUGAAGGAACAAAAAAUGUAAAUUAAAAGUAUAUCUAUCUAU